AUGAUGAUGACUAAAAAGGAUUUAAAAUUAAAACUUAAAAUAAGCGAAUUAAAAACAUUUAUAAAAAAAUCCAAACAAUUUGUAGAUCGCAGUCUAGAUUACUCCAUAAAAAAUUUAUUUCUAUCCGAUUUGCUAUCAUUAAAUGUUGAAUUUAUCCAGACAGUUAAUUUUAUGUUUUUAAUGUCAAAAAAGAAAACAUAA